AUGUCAUCGGAUUAAAAGAAAUAGAAAAAAGAGAAAAUAAAAAUAUAACCAAACUAAAAUGCGAAUAUUGAGGAUUAUAUUGUGAAUAAUACUCAUAGUAAUUUUUAAGAGUUUUUUGAUUAUAAAAAAGAAUUAUGUGGAUUGCCAACGUACAUGACAAUGAAUAAUGAUUUAGUGUUCGUUGGAAUGGAAUAUUCUUACAUUUAUGUUUUCUAAUAAGUAAUUAUUGAGUGAACAUUUAGGAUAAUGAUUUUAAAUAAGGUUAUAAAAUACUUGGAAAGGAUACUCAAAUUUAUAGAGGUUAAGUAAAAAUGAUAUAAAUAUCUAAUGAUAACUAAUUAUUAUUGGUAACAUAUUCAAACAAUGAGUUUGUGAUCUUUAGUUUGAAAGUAAAAAUCUUUAUCUAAUAUAAAUAAGUCGUUCAAAGAAGUGUUACAGCAUAGAUACCAACAUCUUAAAUAUGCCUAUAUGGUGCCUUUAUCGAUUAAUUCUGACCAUUUACUUUAAUUAAGGAAGGAAUAAUACUAUGAAAUUAUGAUUCAUUUGGAAAACAAUUAUUUAUUAAAGGUUCCCUUAGAAAUAAAUAUUAAUACAUUAGAAUAAAAAAUAGGGAUUCCUAUUUAUAAAUUUGGUGAACCUUGUGAAAGAUAGAAAAUUAAGGAGAAUAGACAUGCUGUAAAAUUUUAGAUUUAUUUUUUUAGAAAGUAAUUGAAAAUGAUUAUAUGAUGCCUCAAUCAUCAAUAAUUUAAGAUGUAUCUAUAAUGGAUUCAUGUUAUGAAGAGUUUAUAUAAUGUAUGGAUGAUAGAGAGAGUACUGCUUCAUAUGGCAGUCUAUUAGAUUUAUCUCCAACCAAAAAAAGAAAAAACAAUUUUUUAAAAUAAAUAUUUUCAAAUAGUACUAAUUAAAAAUAAGAAUAACCAGAAGAGACAAAUGAAUAUGUAAUUAGUACAUAAUUUGUAAUAUAUUUAAUUAUAUUAUUUAAGUAUUUAAUGGCUGUAGGAUUUGUAAAUAAAAUACAAGUUGUAAAAAUAUUUUUUGGUAAUAAAUUAAAUGAAGAACAAUAAAAAAUUUAAUUAUUAUUGAAUUUUUAAAGACCUGAUGCUUAGAUCUAUAAUAUAGUUUUUAAUUAACCAUAAGCAAUUGAAGAAUAAAAAACAAGAUGUUCAUGUGCUUGGGGAUUAGGUAGUUUUAAAGAGACAAAUAAAAGAUAUGUAUUAUUAAUUAUAAAUUGGGGAUGCAGAGAAUAUUAUGCAUUUAAAGUGAUGUCAAGUGAUUAUAAAAUACAAGUUAUUUAAGGAGGUCAUUUUUAUAAUCCUGUAGAUUUAACUUAAUUAAGAGAAUUUCCAUUGGUAUGUAAUUUCAUAACUAAUUCUGUAUUUUUUUCAGUUCUUCACAAUAAAUAAAAUUAGACAGUAAUGAAAUUAUUGACAACUUCCUAAUUUGAAUUUGGUGUACCAUUUACUUUAAAUUAAAUUGAGAAACAUUUUAAUUAGGAGAAACAUAUUUAAACAUUAUAAAGUGGUUAAUAUAAUCCAAAAUUUUAUACUUUUGCCAUAGAUAAUAAGUAGGAUGUAUUUAUUAGUCAAAAUGUCAUGGAUUCAAUUAAUGAUGGUUAUCAAAAAUCAAAUGAUAUUAUUUUGAAUUAUAAGUAAUUGCAUCCUAAUUGUAAGAUUUCUGCUUAAAUUUAGUAUAAAUUAUAUAUAAAAAUGAACAGUGCUAUAUAUUAAAUGGAACAGAAUUAUAAUCUAUUCGUCUAAAGAAAUGGGAUGAAUUAUUAUAUGAACAAAGUGAUAAUAAUGAAUGGGAUAAGUGUUUUUAAACUGCUGUUGAUAUACAUAGAGGUUAUUUAACUUUAUUAUGUAAUAUUCCAGAAAAUGAUGUUCAAAGACAUUUCUGUAUUAAAGAAACAUGUUGUAAAUUAGGAUUGUAAUAUAUGUUAUCAUAAUUACCAAAUAAAUAAUUGAAGAAUAGUUAAUCAGUCUUAACUAUAAUGCAUUUUCUUAUUAAAACAUAAAAUGAAGAAUAUUUAUUUGAAUCAAUUGAAGAUCUAAUGGUUGGAUGUGGUUAUAGAAAUGUAUUCUAUGAUUAUCUAAGAGAAUUACUCUAAUAACAUUAAGUUAAUAUUCCAUAUUAGCAUUAAUUAAAAGUAUUGAAAAUGUUUACUGAAAUGGAUGAUAAGGAAACAUGUACUAAAUUAAUAAUGUCAAUUUAAAAUAUAUAAAGAUAUGAUCCAAAAGGUUUAAUAGAUUUCUGUUUAGAAAAAGAUCUAAUUGAACCCAUGAUGCAUAUAUGCUCUUAAAUCAAUGACUUUCUAACUCCUUAUUUAAGAAUUAUUACACUACUCAGUAUUCUAUCAAACAAAAAUAGUUUGACGGAAGAAGAAAAUAAAAGCAUUACUACUUUAAAUUUAGAUUAAUGUAAAGUCUGUCUAUUUAGGUAAUCUUAUUAAAUAAAUAAGUUUCUUAUCUUUCUGUUUUACUGGAUAAAAUCAAUCUAAUCCUGAAUCAUUUUUUACUGAUCGUUAGUUUAAAGCAAUGUUUAAGGAUUUAUUUGAAUAUUUAUUUGAUCUAGAAAACAUCUUAAAAUUAUUUGAAAUAGAUUAUAUUAAAACAUUGGAAGUAUUUUUGUAAGUCUUUUCAGAAAGAAUUCAAGAAAACUUUAAAUAAUUCAUAAAUGAAGGUAAGGAAAUUAAUAUUGAAUUAUCUAACAAUACAAUCAAUGGAUUCAUGCCUGAAAUAUUAAGUAUGAUAUAAAUUUACAAUAGAUAUUGAAUAAACUGAUAAUCAUUUAAAGAUUUUGUCAAAAAUUUAUGUUUUGAUUAAAAUGGGUGAAUAAAAAUAUUAUGUUAGAUUAAAUAAUGCUAAAGUGAUUGAUGAAUAUAUGCAUUAUUCUUGUGCAUUUUCAACAAAUGUUUUUGCAAUAUGUCCAUUUCACUUCAAUAUUAAUCAUAUUAUGCUUAAUCUUAUAAAUUAUAUGGAUGCCCUUAGAUAAUAGUAAAGCACAUUAUUUGAUAUAACUUGGAUUUUAAGAGGUAGAGUAUAAAAAGAUUUACCUGCUGAAUUAGUAAAGAAUGAAUUUUUGCAUAAAGUUAUGUUGAAAGUAGAAAAACAAUUUGAUGGAUAAUAUAAAUUAUUAGAAGAAUUACGUUUAAAAGCAUAAGAAAAUAAUUGGUAUUGUUAGAAUAUAUAUAUUUAAUAGGAUUUGGAUGGAAGCAUUUUGUUUAAUCAAAAUGAAAAGAUUACCUGAAGCAUUAUAUUUAUAUAUGAGAAAUCCUGAUCCAUUAUUAUCUGAACGUGUAUUUACAGCCUUAGCAGUUCAAUUAAGAUAAAAAUAACAAGAUGAAUUCAUUCAAGAUUGGAUUUAUAAAAAUUUGGCUUUGCUUGCUGCUGAAAACUCUCACAAAUUGUUUUAGUUACUUUAUACAUAUAAAAAAGAUGAUUUAUAGGAAGUGUUCAAAGAACUGAAAUAAGUAGGAAUUAUUUAAGUAGAUUUAAAAAUAAAAAACUAACAUUAAAUGGAUCUCUUAGGUGGAUUUAUAGAAUAUCUGAAACCAAGAAUGUAGAUAGAUGAAAAUCUUCUUAAGAUUUGA